UUUUCGCAUUUUUGAUCUCACUACUCUCCAAACGGCGCCCUCAAUGAACAGGAAACGGCGGCCCAGACCUCGCAAAUCCCCCAAGAAACCCAAGUUCCUCAGUCUCCGCCGUCAGUUUCCUGCCACUGAGACUAACGAGGUCAAACGCCUGAGUGAAAAGUGCCCCAACGCCGCUGAUGAUUACGACCCCCACUACGUCAACUUAUUCCAAUCGGAAAAUCAUGUAGAAGACAGAGAAAGCCACGAUCACGAGAACGUCGCCUUUUUCUUCUCCGCCGCCGACGGCGGCCCCAAUACCCUCACUGGCCUUCUCGACACAUCCACUGUCGCAGACUCCAAUUCCUCCCACACCGACAACAAUAGUUCCAGGCUCGAAGAUCUGUCGCCGUCGUCAGCCUCUCUAACUUACGCCUACAGUGAGGAUCGCGCUGCGCUCGUACGAAUGGCGCUGAGGAAUCGAGAACGGGACUCCGGCGAGGAGAAGUGGGUGAGUUACUCAGAGGUGGUUAAAAGGAAGGUGAAGGAGGAGGAAGUGAGCAGCUCCGCCGCGGCGGAUCUACACCCGGCGGGGACGCAAGGGCUGUGGUUGAAGCUGGAUUACGAGGAGAUCAUGAACGCGUGGUCUAACAAAGGCCCGCUUUAUGUUGAAGCAGAGAGUUCACAGAUCGUCCCCGACAUGAAUCACGAUUUUCUUUCGCACGAGGAGGCUUUCAACAACAUUUACGGAGUGAGGUGGGGGGGAUGUAAUGCGUUGGGCUUGUGGGCAGUUCCAGAAAUGGUGGGAGAUGUCGGAAACUCCGAAAUGAGAGUGAAAGAUGGAGAGGAAAUAAGGUCGACGACAUUGAAGCAGAGAGAAGCGAGUGUGUUGAGGUACAAGGAGAAGCGGCAGAACAGACUCUUCUCCAGAAAAAUACGUUAUCAAGUCCGAAAGCUUAAUGCUGAUAAACGCCCUCGUCUCAAGGGUCGAUUUGUGAAGAGAAGUUAAUUUUUUAGUUAUACUAUAUUGUGGCAGAUGACGAUUAUUUCCUUUCGUUCUCUGCCCUCCUUCCUUUGUAAAGGCAGUGUAGAGUGUAGAUAGUUAUAAGAGGAUUGUAUUAGCUUCCAAGUAUGGAAGAAUUGUAGAUCAACUGGAAAUCAAAAUUAAUUGUAUUAAAGCUUUAUUUA